GUCCGGCUUGUGCAAGCAUCCUCCGGUGCCUUUGCCGCCCUCUUGGGCGAUGGCUCGGUGAUUGCAUGGGGAGCUGCUGAUCGGGGUGGUGACUGCAGCGCUGUGCGAGAUCAGCUGACGAAUGUGCAGCAUAUCCAGGCGACCCGCAAUGCUUUUGCCGCCGUGGCGGCUGACGGCACGGUGGUGACCUGGGGCAGUGGCACUUGCGGUGGGGACAGCAGUGCUGUGUGUGAGCAACUGACAGACACCCACAUCCUCGCC